AUGGGUAUCACAGGAUCCUUACCAUUGAGAUGGUCAAACCCGGCCAAGAGUGGUGUCAAGAUGGGUUCAACAGAUUCAAAAGGUAUGUCUCUGUCCAAGCUGACUUUCAUGUUCCUCAUUUAUUUUCUGUGUCCUUGGGAUGUUGACAAUUGCUCCAAACAUCCUCAACUUGUGCCAACAAUCCCGAUCCCAAACCAUUCGCAUGUGUCAAGCAGUGUAACGACUACAACAUUGAUCGGGUCAAGCCAAUUGAAAAGUCUUGGUUGUAGAACGGACUCUUCUUGUAUCAUCAAUGUUGAUCACCAUUCUGAAGGCUCAAAACAUGUCAACCAUAUUCGAUGUUCCAUUGAUUCGGGUGUAACACACUUGGGUCUUAAGUGCAGCAGAGAUUCCAAUACAUCGAAUGUAUCAAUCCCUGUAAAGAGGUGCAGAGGACCUGAAUCAGGACCCAAAUUUACACAAUCUUCCAAUGUGCAAACCCUUGUUUGCAACCUUAUAGUUUUUGUUACGAACUGCUCGUUCGGUAACCUCAAGAGUAGGAGGUUCUUCCCUAGGUCACUCGUGGAGGAUGUGUGGAACGGUGGUCUCGACUGUACGUGUAGCACAGGAGCCAGAGGUGUAUUGCGAUAUAGCAAUGAAGGCUGUAGUAGGAAGACUACAGUGGAUGAAGUAGACAGUGUGAAGACUGCCUAA